UUUCCCCCGCCCCCCCGGACCAGCCGCAGCCGCCCCCGCCCCCUCACCCUCACCACCAGCCCAUCCUCGGCAACGGCCGAGCCAGCAAGCGGAAGACCUCCCGCAUCAUGGCCAUGAAGGAGCAGAAAGCCCUCAAGACUCUGGGCAUCAUCAUGGGGGUCUUCACCCUCUGCUGGCUCCCUUUCUUCCUGGUGAACAUCGUCAACGUCUUCAACAGGGACCUGGUGCCGGACUGGCUCUUCGUUUUCUUCAACUGGCUGGGCUACGCCAACUCCGCCUUCAACCCCAUCAUCUACUGCCGCAGCCCCGACUUUCGUAAGGCCUUCAAGAGGCUGCUCUGCUGCCCGCGGAAAGCCGACCGGCGGCUGCACGCCGGCGGCGGGGAGCUGGCCCGCCUGCCUGGGGGCUUCGUCAGCACCGUCGGGUCCCCCGAGCGCAGCCUGGGAGGGACCUGGUCCGACUGCAAUGGGGGCACGCGGGGCGGCAGCGAGUCCAGCCUGGAGGAGAGAAAUAGCAAAACGUCCGAUUCGGAGUCCAAGGGAACAGUCAGGCUAAUGGAUUUUCAUUGCCUUCUGCUUCUGUUCAUCAAUCUAGGUGUGAAGAUGGUGGCCACCUCCUCCCCUCCAGAGCAUCGCUCCUCUGGUCCAAAGGCUCCUUUUCAGGCUUCGAGACCCGGUGGCAGAACCAGCCCUCAGGGCGCUGCUGCAAAGCCUGGUGGCAACUUCACAGCAAUUGAGCUAACCUUGAUAUUCAAGGUGAUCCCAAAAGAAAGCCAAGAGGGCACAGUGGGACAGACUUUGUGUCUGGAAGGUGAGAUCAAACAGAAGCCCUCCAUCUACAAGAGGGCUGCAUUCCUGUUGCCUGAGCUAAACAUCCAUUGAUGAGCUGAGUCCCUCCAAAAUUUUCUCUGGGCUUUCUCUGGUUUUCCUGCUUUCCCAUGUAAACAGCUCUGAGGAAGAUCUCUUUUUCUGCAAUCAAACAUUUUCAUUCUGCAGUAAAAUAGCUCUUACAUCAGCUACCAUUGUAUUGUGGAUGCAAAUGCAGCACAACAGAGCCCUUACAUGUUGUGAGGUGAGUGGGUCAAAUCCUGGGCUUGAACAACAAAAGUACAAGGAAUGAUGAGCAGGAAAACCAACUUGUUUUAAAGUGAUUUAAGGUUGCUGCCUAUCUUCUGAGCCCCACAGCUUACAGCCCAUACUCCUCACGCUGCCUCCCUGUUAGACAGUCAAACAAGAGCUGAUGCUAUUUGGAGAGCAAGUCUGUGCUGGAGACAUGCAAACACCGACGCUUGUAUCCGCACGGACUGGCCUCCAUCUGUGAGGAGCUCCCAGCUGCUGUGCUUAAAAUACCUGGGAAAGGGGCAUGCAGAAGGGGAGAGAGGUCUCUUUCUGACGGGUUGCCAUGUCGCUCGGGCUGCUUUCAUGGUGAUACCUAGAGGACAUCAUCCGGCACAGCCAGUUGUGAUAAUCCUUUCAGUGGAAACAGGUGCUGGAGGAUAAUCCUGCUGUUUUUCUUGGUUAUGGUUCUCUUCAGUCACUAAGACUGAGCAAACAGGAUUAUCACAGCAGCGAUUCAGGAAGAGAAGUUACUGGU